CAAACGAGGGGCGGUGUGUAAAUAAUCCUCGGACAAAGUUUUAAUGGGCUAUACCGUGGGAAACACGAGUUCAGUUUUAUACGACCACCGUCCAGGAAGGACCUACAUCCGCUUAAAGUUUUAUUUUUUACAAAGUUAGCUUCCCGUAAUAGAACAAUGAAACGGAGUUUAAGUGACAGCGACAGCGAUGAUCUUUAUGAUGACAACAUGAAAGCAAGUUCGCCGUCUCAGAGUUGUCAAGUAUCAGAUAGAAAGAAAAGACGAGGGGUGAUAGAAAAGAGACGAAGAGACAGAAUUAACAGUAGUCUAUCAGAACUAAGACGCUUGGUGCCGUCUGCUUUUGAAAAACAGGGAUCAGCAAAACUUGAAAAAGCAGAAAUACUUCAGAUGACGGUCGAUCAUUUGAAAAUGUUACAUCAGAAAGGGCUGAACAGCUACAAUUAUCCGGACCCUCAUCUUACUGCUGAUUAUAGAUCCGUAGGGUUUCGUGAGUGUGCUUCAGAGGUAGCCAGAUAUCUUGUAGCAGUAGAAGGCAUGGACCUACAAGAUCCUCUCCGAAUGCGUCUGUUGGGUCAUCUUCAAUGUUAUACAGCACAACGAGAAAUCGUUUCCAAAACUACAUUCCAAAAUUCGUGGAACUCCGUUUCACCUCAUCCGUCAAUGAACAGUCAAUAUGGUAAUAGCACAGUUUCGACGAUGGGUUCCAUGGUAACAACACAACAAAAUAGCCAAUCAGAGCUUGCCAUGACCCCACAAACAACCCACCAUGGAUUAUCAAGUAGUGCCUUUACCGAUUCAAGACUUUCACAUAGUGACAUUCAGCCGCCAUCUUCCAUUCAAGGCAAUAUGCGAUUAAGCAGCGGCGGAAAUAUCCAGUCCCAUCAUCAAAUGGGCUCGAUGAAUUCGACCAAUCAGCAGCCAUCUUCAUCUCUUAUUCCCUCCAUUCCACAAUUACAUAGACAACUUCCGAUGUCGUUUAACAUGAACCCUAUGCAAUCUAUGCAGUCUAUGAUGUCACAGAACGGUGCAAACGGAUAUGACCUCAAUUCAUCAAAACCCUACAGACCAUGGGGUAGUGAACUUGCUUAUUAGACUCCCGCGCUUUUUUUAUAACUUUGUGAUUGUUUAUUAUGUUUAUGGAAGACAUUGAUUACUGUAUUAGAAGGAUAAAUGUAUAUAUGAUAAGAAAUGAGGGUAGAAAAGGGUUACUAUAUAUAUAUGCAAUAUAUUUGCCAUUUUUCACGUGCUUAUAAGUGGCCGUUAUUUGCCGUAUUUGCUGCAAGUAGGAAAUUAUCAGACAGAAAAUGACCGACAAUUUUUUGACGGCAUUCAUCUGGAAAUAAAAGCUUUUGCUUUACAUAUCCCCUUUUAAUAUCAACCCUCGAAGGUUUUUUUUAUUGACAAACGGAUUUUUUUCUGUGGCAUUUGAUAUUUUGAAACGACGUAAUCGUCUUCCAUUUUGAAAUAUUUUUGAUAUUCAAACGGCAGCAACACAUUCAUUGUAUAUUUUUUAAUCAAAAAGUGCCAUUUUCGGGAUGUAUGCAAUAUAAUUACAACGAUUUUUAUACAUAUUUGUACAUAUUGUAAGUGUUGUGACAGGAAUUAACUUUUUACAUUGUUACUCGUGCUCAAAUCAAGUGCUAUGCAAGAUUAUUAAUACACGUUUUUGAAAUGUUUAUAUAUAAAUGUCAUGCCUUUGUGUAACGUUUUUACUUUAAAUGUAAGGCGAGGUUUUUUCAUACUUAACAUUUUUUUUUGCAAGUGUCCAUAUCCAUGUGCCACCUUUAGACAGACCUUUGAAAAGAUACAAUUCUGGUGCGUUCCGGUCUCUUUUUGUGCAAUUUAUUUUUUAAUCUUAGUAUUUAAGAUAAGGACUUAAAAGGUUUUUUUUCGAAUUCGCAUUUUGUUUCUUUACAUUACAAAACAAAUGACUCUACACAUGUAUGGUGGAACCUUAAUCAAUUUCAAUUGACAAAGAUUUUGACAACUUUGAGUGACUAAGAUAUAAAGCUAUGUACCAGAUUUUUAACAAUGGUUUUGUUUUUUAUAUGACAAUUUUUUAGUUCUGUAUUUUUUAUUUAUUGUUUCGUUGUGUUAUUUUUUUUCAGUUGCUUUGUUUUUACAUUUUGUUGAGUUUAGUCUUAUACAUUUGUUUUCCUUUUUGAGAUAACAUUAUUGUUUUUGUGAUUUGCCUUUUAUUUGAAGUUUUCUAAAACCAACCAGUGCUGCUUUUGUAAUUUUUAUAUUGUACUACUCUGUU